CCCGCCGCCUGCGCAGCUGCCGCCGCCUCUCGCCGCCCGGCCCGGCCCUCGCCCGCCGCCCGGCCCGCCCGCCGGCAUGGAGUCCCAGUGCGACUACUUCAUGUAUUUCCCGGCGGUGCCCUUCCCGGCCCGCGAGGUGCUCCUGGGGGAGCCGGGCCGAUACCGGGCCUUGCCUCGCAGGAACCACCUCUACCUGGGCGAGACGGUCCGCUUCCUGCUGGUGCUGCGAUGCCGCUCGGGGGUCGGCGGCGCUCCCCGGCCGCCCUGGGGGGAACUGGCCGGCUCGCUCUCGGCCCUGGCCAGCGUCAGCCCGGCUGGCGGCGGCGGCGGCGCUGGAGACGAGGCCCUCCUGGGGGAGGCGGCGGCGGAGGAGGGCGCGGCCGGAGCCGGAGAGGCGGCCGCCGAUGGCAGCGUCUUCCGGGAGUGCCGGGCGCUCCUGACCCACGGCCACGGCGCCCCGGGAACGACGGCACAGGCCGUGACCCCCGAGGAGCCCAUCGUCUCCAUCGACGAAGUCAUCUUUCCGCUGACCAUCUCUCUGGACAGGCUGCCGCCCAGCACCCUCAAGGCCAAAAUAGUGGCCACCGUCUGGAGGCGCGACCAGGAGAGAGGCGAGGUCCGGGAACGCGGCUACCUCAGCAUCCUGCAGGAUCGGGCCCCUUCCCAGAUCUUCCGAGAAGAGCAGGGCGCCUUCAAGGCGCAAGUGAGCACCAUGCUGACUGUGCUGCCUCCCCCGGAGCUGAAGUGCCAGCAACUCAACGUGUCUGGGAAGCACUUGACGGUUCUCAAAGUUCUGAAUGCUGCCUCCCAGGACGAGCUCUCAGUGUGGGACGUGCGGAUCCUGCCCAACCUGAAUGCCAGUUACCUUCCCAUGAUGCCCGACGGCUCCGUCUUGCUAGUGGAUGAUAUCUGCCACCAAUCUGGCGAAGUCUCCAUGGCCUCCUUUUGCCAGGUGCCCUCCACCACUUCUGCCUGGCCCUGCUCCCUCCGCGCACUGGAGGAGCAAAAUUUCCUUUUCCAACUGCAGGCGCCAGAGCAGCCCCCCGACAGCAUCAAAGAGGGCCUGGAGGUCCCCCUCAUUGCGGUGCUGCAGUGGUCGACCCCCAAACUCCCGUUCACAAGCAGCAUCUACACGCACUACAGGCUGCCCAGCAUCCGCCUUGCCCGUCCCAGGUUUGUGAUGACUGCAGAAUGCGAGUCGCCAGUUGCCUUGCAUCGGCGCUUCGUAGUUACGUACACACUCAUCAACAACUUGCAGGACUUUCUGGCAGUGCGCCUGGUGUGGACGCCAGAAAGUGCUGCCGCAGGGAAGAAGCAGAAUAUCUGCGACGAAUGUCGUGCCACACCAGACCCUCAAGACUCUAUUGUGUGCCACACCCCUCUCAAUAACCUGGGAUUCUCCCGCAAGGGCAGCGCCCGCACCUUCUGCGUCACGUUUCAGGCUCUGCGUGCUGGCUUGUUUGAGUUGUCCCAACACAUGAAGCUGAAGCUCCAGUUCACAGCCAGCGUGUCCAACCCCCCUCCGGAGGCCCGGCCGGUCUCCCGCAAGAGCAGCCCUGGGAGCCCAGCAGUGCGGGAGCUGGUGGGGCGUCAUCAGGCCAGCCUCGGGCGCUCCCAGAGCUUCUCCCACCAGCAGCCGGCACGGGGACACCUCCUGAGGUCAGGAAGCGUCAUGGAGCGACGGGCCAUAACUCCCCCUGUAGGCUCCCCGGUGGGCCGCCCUCUUUAUUUACCCCCCGACAAGGCUGCUCUUUCCCUUGACAAAAUUGCCAAACGAGAGUGCAAGGUGCUGGUGUUAGCGCCUGUCACAUGACAGAGGAGGGGUCCCCAGAAAGGCCUUCAGCCUCCCCUCAGAACCAAUGCGCACAGUAUGCGCCAGUCUCGCAUCUGCUCCAGACAC